UCACAUAGUUUCCUAAGACAGACAAUUGGCUGCUGAUGUCCUGCCAUCCAUUGCUUUUUUCAUCAGCUGGAGGGAAAGACCUCAUGAAGACACACCCUUUACAGUCAAAUAUGUAAGAGGGGAAGAGCAGAAAACUGUAUGUUAUUCUCACUUAACCUCUAUCACGUCCCGCGCACCUGAAAUACCGAGCGUAAACCAUGUCUUUCACUCCAAAGUCAUACAGUAAACCCCAAACAGUUACAACUUCAAGCACUAGAUCCAUUAAAACAGUGGAUGAUGGCAAAAAGAAAUCCCUGCUGAAGGACAAUAGCUGGAUUAAGACAAAUGUGAACGAGAACGAACAAGUCGAACGUGAAUCGAACUUCGGCAGAAGUGUUCUGAGUCGUUACAAGUCCAACGAAAACCUUGUCAGCCCUCAAGAUAAAACUAGCAAAACUGAGAGCAAAACCAGCACUGUCACCACUUCAUCAGGUACCUCUGUCCAAGCUCUCAGUAAAAGAUUUGGUGGUAGCCAGGACAAGCUGAAUGAAACCAGAACCACAGGAACUAAAACAACAGUGAAAACAGAGCCGAGGAGAAGCUCUACUUCUUCCACAACAACAACAAUCAAAGAUGGCACAAAGAUAACCGAGACAACUGUGACCACUACCAGCCAGGAUGUGGUGAAAUCAUCUACCAAGUCUGAAACACUCAGCGAUAAAGACCUGGCAGAUUUAAACACCAGGAGUUCUGGAAAGUACAAGACUGAGGUUAUUACUGUCAAGUCAUCAAAGGACACUGUUGAUGGACCAACCUCACCUGUCAAGACCUCCACAAGCAUCAAAACCUACACCAAAGAGGAUGUUUCACCAGCUAAAAGAACAUCAUAUUCAGUCCGAUCCACAAAGAGCACUGAGGAUCACCUGUUUGAUACUCUCAUACCAACAUCGGUCAAAACAGCCAACACUAAACCAGACCACAGUGACUACAAGACUGAAGUGGUUACUGUGAAGACAUCAAAGGACAUCAGUGAUGUACCAACUUCACCUGUCAAGACCACUACAAGCAUCAAGACCUACACCAAGGAGGACGUUUCACCAACUAAAACAACAUCCUACAGCACAAAGAGUGACUACAAGACUGAAGUGGUUACUGUGAAGUCUUCGAAGGACAUCAUUGAUCUACCAACCUCACCUGUCAAGACCACUACAAGCAUCAAGACCUACACCAAUGAGGACGUUUCACCAACUAAAACAACAUCAUACAGCACAAAGAGUGACUACAAGACUGAAGUGGUCACUGUGAAGUCUUCAAAGGACAUCAGUGAUGUACCAACUUCACCAGUCAAGACCACCACAAGCAUCAAAACCUACACCGAGGAUGUUUCACCAACUAAAACAACAUCAUAUUCUGUCCGAUCCACAAAGAGCACUGAGGAUCAACUGUUCGAUACUCUCAUACCUUCAUCAAUCAAGUCAGCCAACACAAAGUAUGACAGCAGUCGCGAGGAUGUAUCGGUCUCCAAAUCCAUCAGAACCGUCUAUUCGACAAACGAGAGAGAUGAGUGGAGUACAGUCACAAGUCCUUCUUACACCAGGACAUCUUACACAGAGAGCAGGCCUGUAGAUUACCUGUCUGACACGCUCUCAUCAAAAACCACCACGACUGUGUACACAUCACCAGAAAGGGUAGUAAGUGGGAAGGACAUCUGCACGGUCUGCCAUAAAAACAUGUACACGGAUGAAAAGAUUGUCCUGGAUGACAUGAAUAUCAACUGUCACGCAAGUUGUUUCAAGUGUGGGGUGUGUCAUCUUUCUCUGGGACACCUGAAGGCGGGGGACAGUUUGUGGGUGUACCGUCGUGCCAUCCACUGUGAGAGCUGCUUUGGUGUCACUAAGGGCAAAUGGCUCCGCUGAAACCACAGUUAGCAUUAAUGAAGUGAUGUUAUGAGAGAGACUCUUCCAAAACUUUCCCGGGCCAUUUGAAGUUUCUGGUGGUGGACUUCUGUCUGAUAAUAGACUUUGGGGUUUAUUAAUUGCAUUGAUUGCUAUUCUCCCCGAUGAUGUGACAAGGAUCGUAUCUAAUUACCAAAAUAAUAAGAAUAUUUUUAAAGAAGAAUAUUUUUCCUAAUACAUGACAAUAAAUAUUUUUUUUUGAGUUGCUUCAUUUUCUUCUUCCCUUUUGUUGUAUUAUUAAAGCAAAGCGUAUAUGUAUAUGAUGAGAAGAUUUCAUAUUUCUCCUGAGGUUUCAUCUGAUUGUCUUUUAUCGUUCAGAUCUGGUUAAGCAUCAUUCCAGAGAUAAGUUAUGCAGUAGCUUUCACCUCGGUAGCUACUAAUCGAAUAUGUGUGUGUUGUAAGUAUUUCUAAUGAAUUGCAGUCUUUCAGAAAUAUGCUGUGAUUAAGAUCAGACUCUUCAAUCUGUAUCUUAAGAAAGGAUUCAUAAGAGGAUGCAAAUAAAGAGCUAAAGCUA